AUGACUCCCCAACUAAAGCCCCAGGAACACAGGGAGAAGAUUGCCACUAAAUCUGAGAAAACUCUCUUCUGGGUGGAAAAUGACAACAACCCUUUUUCCUGCUUUGUCUAUGAAGUCGAACCUGUGAGAUGUUCUACCACUAAUAUAGCUUCCCUAUGUUUUCCUCCUCUAGAGAAACACCUGGUGCUCCUUCGAGAUGGCAGGACGCUGAUUGGAUAUUUACGCAGCAUCGAUCAGUUUGCCAAUCUGGUUCUGCACCAGACAGUGGAGCGCAUUCAUGUAGGCAGAAAAUACGGUGACAUCCCACGUGGCAUCUUCGUGGUGAGAGGCGAGAACGUGGUCCUCCUAGGGGAAAUUGACUUGGAGAAGGAAAGUGACACCCCUUUGCAGCAAGUCUCGAUUGAGGAGAUCCUGGAAGUGCAGCGGGUGGAGCAGCAAGCCAAGCAGGAGUCGGAGAAGCUCAAAGUGCAAGCGCUGAAGGAGCGGGGCCUCUCCAUCCCCCGUGCGGAUACUCUGGAUGAAUACUAGACUCCUAGCCUGGACAACAACGGCAGCUGCCUGAGAGCAGCAGCGUUCACACUGGAGGAGUGCUUUUAUUUUUUAUUAUUUUUAUUUUUAUUUAGAGCCUUGUGUGAAUGAAAGCCUUCUUAAUUUUGUUUUCUUCCCUCCUGAGUGCAGAAUAUAAUCAUGAUGUAUUGCUUUCACAAAAUCACUGUUUUCAAGGACCCACGAGAAAGCCGGCAUGCUCUUGUAAGCCAGAGUGACGGAGCAGCUUUUAAGAGGGGCCGUCUUGGGAUGAGAAUCCUCCGCUUGAGUUUCUGUAGUUUCAUGACUUUGGAAGGAGAGGAGAUGGACGACUAACUCUGUCUCCAGCAUGUGAAUAAAAGUUGACUCCGAACACCA